AUGGAUGCUGACAAUUCGAAGCCGCCUGAGGCGGAUGGACCACCAGAAGAAGAGAAUCGCAGCGCCGAUGCGGAGGGCGAUCCAUCACGCAUCGCCAACGAUCGUACUGGAGGCGGCAAUCUCGCGGGAGAUCCCGAAAACGAGAAUGAGAACGAGAAGCACGAUGGAGAUGGAGAUGGAGAUGGAGAGGGCAUGGCCGCGAUCGAGGAACUGCACGAAGCCGGCAGCGGCGGCGCCGACGUCGUCGUCGAUGGGCGCGAGUGGCAGAGCAAGAGCAGCAGUCCCAACGUGCAGCGACGGCGGCUCGUGCGCGAGGCGCGACACGGCACCAGCGAGUUCUUCGAGUACAUGCGCCACGGCUACGAGAAGAGCCAGGCCGCCGCCGCCGCCACGCCCAGCGAUGCCGAGACCAAGACUGAGCGCGAUGGCGACCACCGCGCCAAGGGCCUCCCGUCGCCCACAUCGCCUUCGUCCCUCUCCACGCCUGCACUGCUGCCCUCCCGCCGGCGCACGACUUUGUCGUCGUCGUCUUCGUCUUCUUCUUCGCCAUCGUCGUCGGCGUGCUCCUCGCCAUCACCGCCGUCGUCGCCCGUGGUCGGCGCCAGGUCGCUGUCGCCGCCGGGCCUGCGCAGGGAGAAACGGGCGGCCAAGUCGGCCAAGACGACCAAGAAGGGCGGCGGCAAUGCAUCACCCGGGCCUACGCUGCGGAAGAGCGCCGGCGACGAGGCCUCGUCCGAUGCCACCGCCGCCGUGCCCACGCUCAAGCGCAGCCAGUCCUCGAUGGGCAACAGCAGCAGCGACGGCACCAUCAACACAACUGACGACAACAGGAAUGACGACAAUGUCGGCGGCGGCGGCGGCGAGAGGAAGCGGGGCAGCAAGGGGCGGAAGCCGCGGGCCAAGGAGGAGAGCGAUGCCGCCGCCGCGUGCGUGCAGCUGCACGUGCGGUCGGACGAGAUCGAGGUGCCCAAGCAGCGCGCGGCCGCGGGGUUCAAGCUCACCCUGGACGGGAUCUGGCGCAACCACCAGGCCGGUGGUGGUGGCGACGCCGGGGCGCUGACGCCCACCCAGGAGAGCUUCUACAACCACCUCCGACAGGGCGCCAUGACCCGCAGCGUCUCGGCCGAGCCCUGCCAGGGAAGCGAGUCAGCGCGAGCGGCCUUGACCACACCAUCAUCAUCAACAUCAUCAUCAACAACAUCGACAUCAUCAACGACGACGGGGACCACUGAAAACGACGACGACCGCAGGGCCAAGGCCCGGGGCCAGCUCCGAGCGUCGUCGCCGGGGCCUGGGGGCCGGGAGGCGCGGGCGCAGUCGCACCCGAUCGCGGCGUCGACGCCCGGCAGCGCCGAGAGCAGCUGCACCAACCACACCGAGUCGAUUCUGAGCCUGUCGCUGGCGGACUACCUGCGGGACGAUCACCACAGCGGCGGCGAAUCAGACGCAUCGACUCAGCAGCUUCAGCAGCUUCACCAGGAGAAGCCGAGCAAGCGCGACCGGGACCGAGACUCGGAGGGCAGCCCCGGGGGCAGCCUGCGGGGCAGCGCGCGGAAGCUGAUCACGACGACCGGCGGCAAGUUCUACGGCAAGCUGCGCAGCAAGGGCUCCUUUAUCGCCCCGCGACGCAAGGAAUGCGACGCGGCGGCGGCGGCGGCAGCGACCGGACCGACGGUGACGCAGGACGAUCAGAGCAUUUCGCCCCGCCGCGGCCGGCCCGCCGACGCGUUUAUGUCGACGAUGUCGCUUCGUUCGCCGUCGGCGGCGGCGGCCAGCUUCGCGCGGUCGCCGGCGGUCUCGGUGCCGUCGUUCGCUCUGCCGCGGGGCAAGCGCGGGCUGAGCGUGGGCGACCGACACGACGGCUUCGGAAGCGGAGACGAGGUGACGACGCCCUGGCCGCCCAAGAGCGUCGACGAGAUCGUCUACGGCCACUUGGGCCGCCACCAGCAACCGCGCGGUCUCGGCGGCGGCGCGUCGCCGGCGGUCAAUGUGGUCACGGUCGCACACGAGGAGCGGGUCGAGGCCGAAAGCCAAAGCUUGAGCGGCUCUGGCCGGCGGCGCCACCGCACGCUGCUGCACGUGAGCAGCCCCUCGUCGCCGACGCUCGGCCCGCGGAACAGCAGCAACGGCAGCGCGGUCGAAGCCACCGGGUCGGCGGGCGACCUGGCCCUGAGCUCCUACGCGGACGAGUGCGCGGACGAGGGCGAUGCGGGAAGCCGCAGGAAGCGCGACGCGCUCCGGGGAUUGGUGAAGAAGGGCAUCAAGCCCCUGGGCAAGACGGCAUCGCUGGUGGGCAGCCGGAUCAAGAGUAGCCGCAGCCCUAUCCGCAUGAACAACUGCGCGCAGUCGAGCGACGCCCUCCUCGAGUCGCGCGGCGGCGGCAUGGCCGUUUGCGACAGCAACGACCUCAUCACCUGCGGCCGCGGCGGCCUCUACGACGACGUCGUGCUCUUUGGCGGCGACGACGCCGGCGGCGGUUGUGUGGACGGGCUCGACACCUCGGUCCCGCUCGUGGCCGACGACCGCGGCGUGGGCAGCAUGGACGACGACGCCCUGGCCGCGGCCACCAGCGACAGCGAGGUGUCAUCGGUCCUGCUGGGCAGCUCGUUCUCGCCCGUACCCUCGCCGCCGUCGCACUUCAUGUCAACCCCGGCCUCACCCAUCGGGCCGCUCCGGCGCUCCGAGCCGGGCGCGUCGGACACCAGCAGCAGCUCCUCGCCGCCGUUCCACAGCGCAUUCCACCUCUCCUCCCUCUCCCCGCCCGGCUACUCAGAGUUCUCGCUGCACACGGCGCAGGGCUCACUACCGGUGCCGAUCCCGCUCACGGCGCUCAUAUCGCAGUCGUCGCCGCCGUCGUCGCCCUCGGGCUCUCCCCCGCAGCAACACUACCACCACCAGCUGCAGCCGAGCGCCGGCGGUUCGUCGUCGCCCCCGGUGCCGCGGGCAAAGAACGAAAAGCGACUGUCGCGCGGCUACUCGCCGCUUUCGUUCUGGCGCAAGGGCGGCUCCACGGCGGCCUUCCACACGAGCUCGGACCGCAUCAUGGACGCGCGCGGCACCACCGGCGACUCCUCGGGCUUUGGCGGCGGCGGCGGCAGUGCAGGUGGCGCGGUGUGUGACUCGGCCGUGGGCUCCUCCCGGCAAUCGAGCGCCGACGACGCCGACGCCGACAACGACGACCUCCAGACCGAAUACCAAUUGAGUCAGCAGGCGCUGCGCAUUGAGGUGGUAGAAACCGAGGAGCAGCGGAAACAGCACCAGGAGUUGCUUGCUAAGUUGGAGGAAAUGCAGUGGCGACUGCUCUCUGGCGAGGGCGGGUUCGAGCGACAGAGCCGGCGCACCAAGCUCCACAAGAUCCACUCCUGCUUCCGCGCCUCUGAGCUCGUGACAUGGAUCCUCUGCGAUCUCGGCCUCCAGUCCCGUACCGAGGCGGCCGCCGUGGCGCGCGACCUGAUGAAGGAGAACAUGCUGCACCACGCCAAGUUCCAGAUCACCGAGUUCAUCGACGGCCAAUCCUUCUACCGCCUGCAGUGGGACAGCCGCGUGGCCGAGGCGUGCCUGAACAUGCGCAAGAUAUGGGCCUUCCCACCGCGGAACCAUCAGGUCGUUGUAAAGCAACUGAACGAGAUGCUCAAUGCCAUGCUGCGAAAUAAUCGGUCGGAGAGCGACGACGAGUACGACUUCCCGGCAAUCCUGCGAAGCAAGGCCUUCUACGACUUCACUCUCGCCACCGCCGAACUUCAACGACUGUGGGGCGACAUGUACUCGCUCAACGACCUCCAGCAUGGCCUCCUUCGCUCCGCGCGGCAUCGACGGUGGAAGGGACAGACGAAGGCCAACCGCGCGCUCGACACCCCAACGAAAUGGGUGGGCGCGCUGAGCAAGAGGGACUGCCGGAUCCAUUUCGUGCUGUUUUCGGGGAACAUGUCGUGCGGGUGGGUGCGGAAGCAGCAGGGUGCCGUGGAGGUGCCCUUCAUCGAUUUCGCCCAGCCCGACCCGCAACUCAACGACGCCAUGCAGACCGCCAUCAUCGAGCAGACCUCGUUCAACUACUCCCGCAAGGAGAUUCACCUGCCAAAGGUGUUCAAGUGGUAUCAAUCGGACUUUGGGCAGACGGAGGGCGAGGUCCUCGCUUUCGUCGCCAAGUUUUUCCCCGAGGGCAGCGCCGAACAGAACAUCAUCAGCAACUACCUCACCCGGGGCAAGUUCUGUACCAAGUACAAGAGCUUCAACUGGAGUUCGGUGGGGCUAAGCCUCGCCGGCAACUGA